GAUAUAUCCAUGACGACAUUCAUAGUGCACCCUCAUAGAUCGUACACACCAUGCCGGUCUGUAUCACGCAAGUCCCGUUAUAAAGGUCAAGGUCAUCGACGAAAUAUGAUGGCCUGCAGCCUCCGUUGGACUCCUGUCGGCGUACCCUGGCCUGGUUGCAGCCUCAUCAAUAGAUUCUAUUUCAGUAUUUGUGGAUAUUUAUACCUCAUUUCUCCGCGUCUCCCCAUUCAAUCGACGUAAACACCUGGGAAUGCUUGAGUUAUUGAACGCCUUGGUCUGGACAAGUGAAAUUGAAGCGUGAUUCUGUAUGUAGGCCUACUGUACAUGUAUUGGGGAGUGUGACUAUUUGACUAGCCAUCGCGCUGUGAAUUAUGGCUAUAAUAAAGCAAGUAAAUCAACAAAAUUUGGACGAGGAAGACGCAGAGAUGCUGAUCUCGUCACCAAGGAAACGGGGAGAUUCUCCCCUAUUCAGCUGGAAUAAUGUGUCUCUGAGGGCUGCGAAAACAUGGCGGAGUAACAGGAAGUUUCGAUUCGGUAUUGCUUUGGCAUUAGUAAUCGUAGCUAUCAUGAACUGUGUGUCCAUGUACAAGUAUUAUUUCGAUAUUGAAGAGACCCAAUAUGUCUGGAAAGCAGAUGCGGACCUUAGGACAUAUUUCAGACCAAUUCUAACCGAAUCUGACACUUCAGAUAUGAUAGGUAUUCUUGAUGUCUUUGUUAAUACUUUGGAGCGAUUUAAUAUUUCUUACCUCAUGUAUUCUGGGACCCUUAUAGGGUCGUGGAGACAUAUGGGUUGCAUUCCCUGGGACGAUGACUUAGACGUUAUGGUUAACUAUACAGACCGUGAGAGGGUCAAGGUGGCGUUGGAUACAUUACAACCAAAAUAUAAACUAUAUACAGGGUUCAUAUGGAAGUUGUAUUUAGAUGAUGGCUCCAGGCCUUACAGGGCGUGGUGGGAGAGAUUAGGACGAUGGAGGUGGCCUUUUGUGGAUAUAUUUUUCUACACUGAAAACGCCACUCAUAUUUGGGAUACGAAAGAAUGGUUAAAGGAUUUUGACAUUUAUAAAAAGGUGGAUGUGUUCCCUCUUAGGAAAAGACCGUAUGAAAAUCUCUGGCUCUAUGCACCUAAAGAUACACAGGCUGUCUUGGAUGUUAAUUUCAACACGUCAGAUUGUGUGACAAAUGACAUGAGUCAUAAGACACAAAUGGCUUUCUCAAGGACUAAACGGAUUCCGUGCCUUCAGCUGAACAUGCAGUAUCCAUUCGUAAGGAGGGAACACCACAAGAACGCUACAACUAAAGAGGUUCUGGCGUUUGGCAAUGGGACUGUUGUUCGAACUGUUUACUUAUGAUGGAUAAGCAUCAAGACGAACAAUCUACUCUUCCAAGUUUACAUUUGCUAAUUCAUAAACAGAAGGAACCGUAAAAGGAUUCUAUGACAUGAGACCAAAAUAAGGCUUAAACAAACCUUGCCCAACUGUGAAAGAGAAUUUUCAUCUAAUUUUCAAUGCUGACGUAAUUGAGAUUAUCAAAAGAGUUUUUACAACAAUCAAAAAUAAAUCUAAUUCAUACUU